AUGCGCCAUUGGAACUUUUGGCUUUGCUUUUUUGGCAACAUAUCCGUCGCAUGGCUGAACUGCUUAUGUAAGUCAUGCUCGAAUGAUUCGUGGAUCGUCGAUGAGAUGCUGCGGGUGCAUCGCAAAAACGCCGUUCCCGGCGGGGGCAACGUCGUUGUGUCCGUCGAACUGUGGGUUCAGGAGAUUUCGAAAAUCAACGAAAUGCAAUCCGACUUCGAGCUUGACGUGUACAUCACAGAAGCUUGGAACGACCCGUCGUUGUCCUUCCAUCGAUUCAAUCCUUGCAAGAGCAAUUUAUCGCUAGACGGCGGAACGAUCCUGCCGAAGCUGUGGAACCCGAACUGCUGCUUCAUAAACAGCAAAUCCGCUUCCAUUCACAAGUCGCCUUUCACUAACAUAUUCCUGAUGAUAGUAAGUUUGCUGUAA